CACGGCCGGCUGGCUAAAUUACCACACGAAGGCGGCGCGCGUGGGCAGCAGGUCUCCAGAAAACCCUAACAGGCCGCCGCGCUCUGAUCUCAUGGCGGUGCUGCAGUUCUUCCCACCUUCGUCGCCGAUCGUGUCGGCGAGGCUGCACCCUGUCGUCCUCUUCAACAUCUGCGAUUGCUACGUCCGGCGCCCCGACCAGGCGGACCGUGUCAUCGGAACCCUCCUCGGCUCCGUCUCCGAUGGCGUCGUCGAGAUCAAGAACUCCUAUGCCGUCCCCCACAACGAGUCCGCCGACCAGGUUGCGUUGGAUGUUGAGUACCAUCGGAACAUGUAUAUGUCCCACCUAAAGGUGAAUCCCAAGGAAGUACUUGUUGGAUGGUUUUCAACUGGCUUCGGUGUUUCUGGUGGGAGCUCAUUAAUACAUGACUUCUAUGUAAAGGAACUUAAAGAUUCUGUAAAAGAUCUUAAGGAUGCACAGAAUUCUGUUCCCCCUCUUCAUCUUACUGUUGAUACUGGAUUCAGAAAUGGAGAGGCUUCAAUAAAAGCAUAUGUAUCAGUUAAUUUGUCUCUUGGAGAUAGGCCACUUGCAGCACAAUUUCAAGAAAUUCCUUUGGAUUUGAGGAUGAUUGAGGCAGAACGAGUUGGAUUUGACAUCUUGAAGACAACUGUUGUCGACAAGCUUCCGAAUGACUUGGAGGGAAUGGAAGCUUCAAUGGAGAGAUUGUAUGCACUGAUUGAUGAUAUCUAUAAAUAUGUUGAUGAUGUUGUGGAAGGACGUGCAGCCCCGGAUAAUGAUAUCGGGAGAUUUCUCGCUGACACUUUGGCUUUGGUUCCAAAAAUUUCACCAGCAGCUUUUGACAAGGUUUUCAAUGACAGAAUUCAGGAUAAUCUUGCAUUGGUAUACUUGUCAAGCCUCAUUAGGGCACAGCUCGGCAUUGCAGAAAAACUGAACACAGCUGCUCAGAUACUGUAACUCACCUUUUGUUUCCAAAAGAAGCUGCCAAUAUGUUGUCUGUUUAAACCAAGUAGACAUUAUUAAUUGCGGAGAUUUACAGUCAGGCAGUUAGUGGUAUUAUCAGAUAUAUACUGUUUUCAAGUUUUGGUGAAAGGAUUCCUCCCUGAUGAUAUUUCUGCACUGGAUCAUUUUUAACAUUGUAUCAUAUUUGGUUUUCUGAUGCCA